CCUGGUAAACUAUAACACUCUGAAGGACAUGUGGACAUUGGAUGAACUCAUCACUCAGUGCGUCCAAGAAGAAGACAGGAUCAGACAGAUGAUAAAAGUUCAAAAUGUUAAUAUGGUGACUUCAGGACAAGGGCAUGGGCCAGGGAAUAAAGGUAAAAGGAAGAGGAAACAAGGUUCUAAUAAUGGAUUCUCUGGUCCUCCAUCUGAAAACCAUGAGAAUCAAUCUGGAAAUGGAUCUAAACGCAAACGGGUUAAAGGCAAACCGUGCUUCUUUUGUAAAAAGACGGGUCAUCUAAAGAAAGACUGCGAAGGUUUUAAGGAUUGGCUCAUAAAGAAAGGAAUUACUACAGGCCAGGCCACCAACUGAUGCGGAGCGCUCAGUAUACGUAGGCAAUGGUGUCAAAGUUGACGUGGAGGCAAUAGGAGUCUAUAGGCUUAAGUUGAAGUCUGGUCAUUUUUUGAAUUUAGUUAAUACAUUCUGUGUGCCGUCUAUAAGGCGCAAUUUAGUUUCAAUUUCCUGUUUGGAUAAGUUGGGAUAUUCGUUCCACUUUGGAAAUAAAAGUUUUAGUAUUUACUUUAAUUCGAUU